AUGCAUCUUCCUUCAACUCGAGCCUUCAAUUCACGCCACCUGUUCCUUGCUUCAGUCAUCAUUCUUUCCGUCUUCCAUCCAGCAUGCACAAGGCCUCCGGCACCUCAAUCCAGCUUCUUCCCCGCUUAUCCUGAAACCUCGCUCGUCCAACAUGCCAUUCCACAAAGUAGCAGCAAUGCUUCGUCAUGGACGCUGCAAAAAAGACUGGCAAGAUCCUGUGAACCGCUCCCUUUUGAGCCCCAAACAUGGAUGGACCUCGAGUUAGACUCUUACCUCCUGAAUUAUCCCAAUGGAGAUAAGAUGACUCUGAUUGAUUAUGCCACAUCCAAGAACGCAUCUAACUUCGUUUGUGGACUCGGCUCGAUUUGCAAUGCAGGCCAGAUGUGCUAUCCUGUCCCCGAUAACGAUUGGUACAUCUUGUUUGCGCUUCAACAAUGGAAUUCUAUGAACAAUAUCCUCUACAUGUCGAUUGGCUACGCCAUCUCUAUAGUCCAAGCUGCGGAUCUUAGUGGAGCAAUCCAUGCGAAGCAGUCUUUGGGCGUCUCAGCUGGUAUGAUGGAAGUUUCUGGCACAUUGGCGAUGGAUAUCAUGAUAAUGCUUGGAAGCGAGACCGGACCGAUCGGUUGGGCCUUGAACGUGUUGAACUUUGGGCUAACCGGUGGCUUUGGGUUUUGGGCAUACUUUCAGAAGGUGCCAAAGGGACCCAUCAUCGAAGGAUUCGGAAUUUGGACAGACGUCGUCUUCCACUUGGCUACUGUCGAGCAAGAGGCCCACAAGCGACUCUCAGAGGGCAUUAAAAAAGCCAUCAAUUCACCGAUCAGCUCUCCAGACGGCAUCUACGGUGUUCUGAAGGGUGGCACCUAUCUGAGCCCAGCGAAAGUGCUGCCCAUCCCCGAAAUUGCGGAUAAAUUCCGUAAUGUGACGAUGGCAAUGGCUAUGAACUUGGUGCUUCGCGGCAUGGUAACUAUCCCUAACUCGGCCUUUUCUUUUGGUGUGAUGAAAGAUUAA